AUGUCGGAGUUUUGGUUAAUUUCUGCCCCUGGUGAUAAGGAAAAUCUGCAAGCCCUGGAGAGGAUGAACACAGUAACCUCCAAGUCCAACCUGUCCUAUAACACCAAAUUCGCGAUUCCCGACUUCAAGGUGGGAACCUUGGACUCCCUCGUCGGCCUCUCUGAUGAACUGGGGAAACUCGAUACCUUUGCUGAAAGCCUCAUAAAGAGAAUGGCCCAGAGUGUGGUGGACGUGAUGGAAGACGCCAAAGGAAAGGUGCAGGAGAACCUACUGGCCAAUGGAGGUCUAAAGGAAAAGAUGAAAUGUUUAAAGAUCGACCUGACGUCCUUUGUGACCCACUUCGAGUGGGACAUGGCCAAGUACCCUGCAAAGCAGCCGCUGGUCAGUGUGGUGGACACGCUCGCCAAGCAACUGGCCCAGAUCGAGACGGACCUGAAGUCCCGCACGGUCGCCUACAACACCCUGAAGACCAACCUGGAAAAUCUGGAGAAGAGGUCCAUGGGGAACCUCUUCACCCGCACUCUCAGCGACAUCGUGAACAAGGAGGACUUUGUGCUGGACUCCGAGUAUCUCGUCACCCUGCUGGUCAUCGUCCCCAAACAGAGCUACACACAGUGGCAGAAAACCUACGAAUCCCUCUCCGACAUGGUGGUCCCGAGGUCAACCAAACUCAUCGCCGAGGACGGCGAGGGCGGCCUCUUCACCGUGACGCUCUUUCGGAAGGUGAUCGAGGAUUUCAAAAUCAAAGCCAAAGAGAACAAGUUCACCGUGCGUGAGUUUUACUAUGACGAAAAAGAAAUUAAGAGGGAAAGGGAGGAGAUGACCCGCCUGCUGUCCGAUAAGAAGCAACAGUAUCAAACUUCCUGUGUUGCUCUUAAAAAGGGAUCAUCCACCUUCCCGGACCACAAGGUUAAGGUAACCCCGCUAGGUAACCCCGAUAGGCCCGCUGCGGGGCAGAGCGACAGAGAGAGAGAGAGUGAGGGCGAGGGCGAGGGCCCCUUGCUGCGCUGGCUCAAGGUGAACUUCAGCGAAGCCUUUAUUGCCUGGAUCCACAUCAAGGCGCUGCGAGUGUUCGUGGAGUCCGUGCUCAGGUAUGGCCUACCAGUGAACUUUCAGGCCGUGCUCCUGCAGCCUCACAAGAAAUCCUCCACCAAGCGCCUCCGAGAGGUUCUGAACUCCGUCUUCAAACAUCUGGAUGAAGUUGCCGCUGCCAGCAUCUUGGAUGCAUCUGUAGAGAUUCCUGGAUUGCAACUCAACAAUCAAGACUAUUUUCCUUAUGUCUACUUCCACAUUGACCUUCAUCUCCUGGACUAG